GAAGCUAAUUAGACUGCAACUGUCCUGUCAGGGGCAGCGGAGGACCAUCAGCCGCAGCGAACUCUUUGCCAGUACACCGCCUCUGUUUCCUCGCUCACAACGUUGGGCUGUACAGUCCGUCAGUGGAGCUGAAUAUUAUUUGACAAUUUUGAGAGCGGAUAAAAAGCCAGGAAGUGAAGCUUGCGUAUCUAGUCAGGGAGAUUAUGGAGCCGCCAUCUGCUCCCAUCGUUAUCUGCGAACAGAAAUAGGACCAUCCUCAGGACCGUUCAGCAUGGCGGAAUCAACAGAGCACUUUGGUGGCGAGGACGACACACCUGUAAGCAUGUUCCACUACAUCAACAGGAAAGCACUGGCUUCAUUCGAGCUCAUCUUCUGUAUAUCUGGCCUCGUGACAAACUUUGUAGUAAUCGCCGGCAUCCUGCUGGAGCCCAAACUACGUCGAUCCUCCAAACACUUUAUCAUAGUGAAUAUCUGCAUCGUUUGCCUGAUCCAGAUCGGGGUGCUCGGAACGACCAACACAUACAGCUCUAUUACAAACCAUUACAUAGUGGGGCCAGAUAACUGCUUCUCAAUCGUAUUAGAAGCUAUCGGUUACUUUAACGUGUCAGUGGUAUUAAUGUUGGUAACUGCUUUGUGUAUUGACGCAUACCUAGACAUGCUCCUCCCGCACACGACGGGCAAGAAGAUCCGAGUGUGUGUUGCCACCGAGUUGAUCCUGUGCAGCUGGUUCGGGAGUGCCAUCCUCAUCGUGCCCCUCGUGGUGUACGGAAAGAUCCAGCCGACUUCCUGUGACUUCGACCUGAAGGAGAAGUACCGCACCAUGCUCGGCCUCCUCCACUACCUACCCCAGGCAGUCAUCGUAUUCUUCCUAGGCAUGCUGCUCUUACUCUGCACACUAAUCAAACGUGGCCGGGAUUCGCUUACACAACGACCUAACGAGUUCCCGAUCGAUAUCCUUGUGGCUUGUCUUAUUGUUAUUACUCUCAACCUCCCAUUCUCUGUGUUCUCCACGGCCUUCAACUACUGCUCCAAGGAGGAAGGCGACGCUUGUGCAUCAAUGUACACAUUCUGGGCGGUGUCCUCCAGGCUAAGUUUCUCCACGUUUGUGGUGCUUCCUUAUGUAUGGAUGCUCAGCAAGGCCAUCAGACAAAGCCUACAUCGUGUUUUGUGCUGCUGCUCCAAACAACCCAACGUAAACAGAAACAGCUACGUCAGCGUUUACACUGACAACGACCUAAGACUGUAGAUAUAUUAGCAACAACAAAUGUAAGAUCAUGAUUGACCAUACAGACUUUACAUAAGGUAGUUAUAUGAGGCAAUGACUGUUCUGCUGUGAUUCCGAACAUGCUAUACUGUCCGAAAGGAAUCUGACAAAGAUCACCCUUUGGCAUGGCAAGGUCUUGCAUUGACAGACAUCAUUUUUAAAUAUACACCCCUCAUCAUACCUUUAUGGUUUAGAGCUAAGUCGACAAUGAAUUACUGAAAUAGUGAGCCUUUACAUUAACAGCCACUCAGCAUUGUCUUUAUACACACACUAACCUAUGAUUGUGGGUUCGAAUCCCGGUUCGCCCGAUUAUGUUUCUAGGUUUGUCAGCACCAUACCCGUGCUCGUGGGUACCGAAGUGGUAAAUGUCUGAGACCUGCAUCACUUCGGGCUUCUCCCACAUUAAGCUGACACGCCGCGAUAUAACUGGAAUACUGUUAAAAGUGGCGUUAAACCCAACUCACUCACUCACUUAUACACGCACUGCUUGUCUAUCAAGAUAGCUUGGACUUAGGACAAGAAAAAAUGUUUUUCAGGAAAUACUGGAAGAUAUAUUAAACUGUAAGUAGUCGCGGUCAUCGGAUCCUGGCACGCAACGCUGUACAGCGAAUUGAGGCGCUUUUGGUCACUAGGCUGCCCUUGUCCUCAAGUGCAAAACUAUUGUUUAUUGUUAAACGCCGCACUCAGCAAUAUUCCAACUUUCUGAUGGCUGUAUGUAAAUAAUCGAGUCUGGACCAAUUAAUCCUACGAGUGACAUUGUGAGCAACGAUC